CUGGACUGUUAUGCAGGGGGAUGAUAUUUCCAAUGACGCUUCUGCGUGUAAGGAGAUUCUGGGUGGGCUGGGCACCCCAUAUGAAGUUGAACGUGCCCGUUCUGCACCUCGGGAGCUGCGCAUCAACCAACUUUCUACCAUGCUAGUAGGAAGUUCCAUAGUGGCGAACGCCAUUUUGGAAGACUACAGGGUGUUAGGUCGCAGGGAGGAGGAAGCUGCUCGCUUGCGGGCCGAAGCGGAAGAGUUAGUCAAGGCUGCUCGUGCGGGUGCGGAGCAGCUUGAGAAGGAUAGAGCUGCUUUUGAGAAGCAGAAACAGACCUCGGAGUGGGCUGCCACUGCUCAGCUGAAACAGGAGUUAACGAAUGCCAAGGCAGCGAACGCUGCUUUGGUCAAAGAAAAGGCUGCAGCUGAGGCGGUUGCGGUUAAGGCGCAACAAGCACAGGCCCUGGCUGUUAAGGCGCUGGGAGAGGCCAAGGAAACGGGGGCCCAUACUGCGAAGACCCUUGAUGAGGCCAAAGAGAGGGAAAACCGCACUUCGAAGGCUCUGGAAGAGGCGAACGCUGAGCGUACCCGCUUGGGUAAGGUUGUUGCUAGCCUUCAGGCUGAUGUUAAGGCCUGGAAGGUCGCGGUUAAAGACCUUACUGCCCGCGUAUCGGUUGCGGAAGAGCGGGCUAAUGCUGCUGUUGAGGCCAAGGACGCCGUGACAUCUUCUUUUAACCAGCUUGAGGCUGACCGUGAGUGGAUGCGGAGUCAUGGUAUCACGCGUGCGGUGUUAUCGAAGAGCGAUCCGGGUUUCGUGACGUGGACACCGAAAGUCGCCUGA